UAUCUGUACAAUUUUUUUUUUCAGUUUAUUUUUCUUCUUGAAUUGGUUGUGGUUUUUUGUAUAUAACUUUUGCAUGUUAUGUCUUUUCUUCUAAUCCCAAUCUCACAGUAUUUUGAUUUUGUUAGUUCUCAUCAUUUUCAUGUAUGUAUAGCUCUGUUUCCACCUUUUAUUUGCUGCUUGAAUCUGGUGUGGCUGGUGAGAUGUCCAGCUGGGGUUGGUGUAGACUUGUCAAUUGAGGAAAAUGACGAGACGAGUCUCAAUCAUUUUAGGAGAUUUAUUUGCCAAAGUUAAGGAUGUGGGCCUGGGAGACAGGUCUAUGCCUUUCUCUGAAGAUGAUUUUAAGGACUGCAAAUUUAAAGGGGAAAGGAUGGGAUAUCGAGAAGCACCGUUUUCAUGUAAGAGCCGGGUAGGGAAAAUAGUGAUUCAUGGCCUUUGGCUCAGUGAAUGUGCUUUUUUUGCAUAAGAUGACAUAAACAAAAGGGGCAGAGGAAAAAUGCAAGGACUCUGAAUUUUACAUAACAUACCUGGUGGCUCAGAUGCUACUCUUUUAGCUGUGGUUUCAGCCAGUUGGUUACCCUGACUUUCUGUGGUGUCUAAUUUUGAGUGACCUGGGAUUUUUAUAAUUGCCAAACGUUUUGGUUUGAGAGUAGCUUCUAACAGUGCUGAUACUUGCUGCCCAUUUUCUAUGGGUUGCCCUGAGUAGGUUAAAUAUCCUCUCUCUUUCCAUAGCAUCCCAAAGUUAUGAGCAACCCCAAAAGCUUAGCGGCUGUCACUGUAAAUGUUUGCAGCCUUGUCUUUUGCCACUUGACAAGCUGGAGUCAGGGCAAUCAAUUUGGCUACUUGAACUAAUCUGGCAUGGGGAAGAGGACUGGCUUCAGUUACCUCUAGUCAGGAAACCACAGCAUAUCCUGCUCUAAAAUGUCCAUUUUCUCAUCUUAAAUAAGACCCAUCUGUAUACCAUUCUAUCUCAGCAUUAUCCAGUGGCAUCUCUUAUAGGUCUGUCCUGGGGGUGAGAAGUUGGUCAGUCAUCAGAACACAGUCAUGAGGGGUCUUGUUGGAAGGGCCUGGCAAGAGAGUGGCUGGAUUAAGAUGAUAGAGCAGGAAAUAGUAAUAUUGGGAGAUGAUAAAUGCAAAAUUUCGUAAGAGGCUAACCAGUUGACAGACAGAUAUUGGGUAUGAUGAGAAUUUAGAAGGGUCUCAAUAGGAUGUGGCACAAAAAUGGUAAGGGGGGAACCCAUAAUUAUUUCUUCAACAGACUUGUACAGAAGGGCUAUGCUGUUAUUACUCUUACACAAGGAGGCAGCCCUCUAGCCACAGGGUCCAGCUGUUGGCUAUAAUAGCCUACAGGUCUCUGAUGAUAACCAUGUUUCUGGAAUUCAAGCCAGGAAGAAGCAGCAAUCUGUCUUCUGGAUUAAAACUGAAGAUCAACCUACUUUCAACUUACUAAGAAAGGGGAUCAUGGACAUUGAAGCAUAUCUUGAAAGAAUUGGCUAUAAAAAGUCUAGGAACAAAUUGGACUUGGAAACAUUAACUGACAUUCUUCAACACCAGAUCCGAGCUGUUCCCUUUGAGAACCUUAACAUCCAUUGUGGGGAAGCCAUGGACUUAGGCUUAGAGGCCAUUUUUGAUCAAGUUGUGAGAAGAAAUCGGGGUGGAUGGUGUCUCCAGGUCAAUCAUCUUCUGUACUGGGCUCUGACCACUAUUGGUUUUGAGACCACAAUGUUGGGAGGUUAUGUUUACAGCACUCCAGCCAAAAAAUACAGCACUGGCAUGAUUCACCUUCUCCUGCAGGUGACCAUUGAUGGCAGGAACUACAUUGUCGAUGCUGGGUUUGGACGCUCAUACCAGAUGUGGCAGCCUCUGGAGUUAAUUUCUGGGAAGGAUCAGCCUCAGGUGCCUUGUAUCUUCCGUUUGACGGAAGAGAAUGGAUUCUGGUAUCUAGACCAAAUCAGAAGGGAACAGUACAUUCCAAAUGAAGAAUUUCUUAAUUCUGAUCUCCUGGAAGACAGCAAAUACCGAAAAAUCUACUCCUUUACUCUUCAGCCUCGAACAAUUGAAGAUUUUGAGUCUAUGAAUACAUACCUGCAGACAUCUCCAGCAUCUGUGUUUACUAGUAAAUCAUUUUGUUCCUUGCAGACCCCAGAUGGGGUUCACUGUUUGGUGGGCUUCACCCUCACCCAUAGGAGAUUCAAUUAUAAGGACAAUACAGAUCUAAUAGAGUUUAAGACUCUGAGUGAGGAAGAAAUAGAAAAAGUGCUGAAAAAUAUAUUUAAUAUAUCCUUGGAGAGAAAGCUUGUGCCCAAACAUGGUGAUAGAUUUUUUACUAUUUAGAAUAAGGAGUAAAACAAUCUUGUCUAUUUGUCACCCAGCUCACCAGUUAUCAACUGACGACCUAUCAUGUAUCUUCUGUACCCUUACCUUAUUUUGAAGAAAAUCCUAGACAUCAAAUCAUUUCACCUAUAAAAAUGUCAUCAUAUAUAAUUAAACAGCUUUUUAAAGAAACAUAACCACAAACCUUUUCAAAUAAUAAUAAUAAAUGUAUUUUAAAGAUGGCCUGUGGUUAUCUUGGAAAUUGGUGAUUUAUGCUAGAAAGCUUUUAAUGUUGGUUUAUUGUUGAAUUCCUAGAAAAGUUUUAUUGGUAGAUGAGUAAAUAAAAUAUUGUAAAAAAAAUUGUCUAUAAAGUAUAUUAAAACAUUGUUGGCUAAUAUAACUUGAAAAAAGGUGGUUUUUUGGAAGACUUAGGAUAUUAUGGUGCUACAUAAUUUUUCCUCGAUGCUCUCUUCCUCUGAUCUUUCUUGUCUCUUAAAUUACUUUACUUCCUUGCACACUUUGCCAUACAAGAAUGAACAUGAGCUUUUCUUGUGUAGAUCUGAGUUGAAAUCCUGUGGACACUGGGUGAAUUACUUUUUAGAUCUGUAGCUCUGACUCCUCAGGAAUAAAACGGGAAUAAUGCUUUUACAGUUUAGUGGCAGAACUAAACUCCCAAAAUUAUUUGUUAUAUGGAUCAAGUAAUAAUGUCAGUAAUGUUUUUGGUACAAAGUCAUUAUUUAAUAAAAGUUAUUGUUCUAUCUUGCUUGCCCCCGCA